UGCCGGAGGCGGCCGGGCGGGGCCGCGCUGCUGGGCCUGGCGCGCGGUUGUGGUUCCGGGGCGUGGCGGCCAUGGCCGUGCUGCUGGAGACCACGGUGGGCGACCUGGUGAUCGACCUGUACACGGAGGAGAGGCCCAGAGCUUGUCAGAAUUUUCUGAAGCUUUGCAAAAUCAAGUACUACAACUACUGCCUCAUUCACAGUGUACAGAGGGAUUUUAUUAUACAAACUGGUGACCCCUUGGGGACUGGCCGUGGAGGGGAAUCUAUCUUUUGUAAACUCUAUGGUGAUCAAGCUAGAUUUUUUGAGGCAGAAAAAGUGCCAAGAAUUAAGCACAAGAAAAAGGGAACCGUGUCAAUGGUGAACAAUGGCAAUGAUCAACAUGGAUCUCAGUUUCUUAUUACUACAGGGGAAAACCUAGAUUACCUUGAUGCUGUGCACACAGUGUUUGGAGAAGUAACAGAAGGCAUGGAUGUAUUAAAGAAAAUUAACGAGACCUUCGUUGACAAGGAGUUUGUUCCUUAUCAAGACAUCAGGAUAAAUCAUACAGUGAUAUUAGAUGAUCCAUUUGAUGACCCUUCUGGUUUGAUAAUACCUGACUGCUCCCCAGAGCCCACCAAGGAACAACUAGAUAGUGGCAGAAUAAGAGCAGAUGAAGAAAUUGAUGACUUCAAAGGAAAGUCUGUUGAUGAAGUGGAAGAAAUUCAGGCAGAGAAAGAAGCAAAAACUCAGGCCAUUCUUUUGGAAAUGGUGGGAGAUUUACCAGAUGCAGAUAUCAAACCACCAGAAAAUGUGCUGUUUGUUUGUAAACUGAAUCCUGUGACCACAGAUGAAGACCUGGAGAUAAUAUUUUCACGAUUUGGGCCCAUUAAAAGCUGUGAAGUAAUUCGAGACUGGAAGACAGGUGAAUCUCUUUGUUAUGCUUUCAUUGAAUUUGAAAAGGAGGAAGAUUGUGAGAAAGCCUACUUCAAAAUGGAUAAUGUGCUGAUAGAUGACCGGAGAAUACAUGUGGAUUUUAGCCAAUCUGUUGCCAAGAUUAAAUGGAGAGGAAAAGGUGGGAAGUAUACCAAGGAUGACUUCAAAGAGUAUGAAAAGGAACAUGAUAAACAUUGCAAAUUAAGUUUGAAGGAAAAAGUAAAGCCAAAUCAAGACGCGAAAUAUGACCUUGUGCUGGAUGAGGAGAUAGAGGAGGCUAGAGCAAGUCACCUACACUCGGAUAAAAAACACAAGAAGAAAAAGCACCGCCACUCUGACGAUGAAGAGAUUAAGACGACCAAAAAAUCCAAGGAGGUCACAGACGAGAUGAUGUAAAGGUCCUUUCUGCCCUUAAUCUAUGCAACAAGAAACCUUCGUCUCCUCCUACUCUGCAUACCCAAUUCCAAGCUGCUUAUGAAGCAGACUUUUUGAUGAAGGAAACUUUAAUCAGGGGAUCUAAGAAGUUUGCCAUUUCUGGAUUGUAUUUAAGAUGACUUUAUUCACCUGAACAGAUGAUCACUGAAUAAUGUAGGGUCGUGCUAUGUGAUUACGAUUGUUGCAGGAGGAAGGCAUCUGAUUAUUUUUCCUGAACUUUGUCUUCCGGUUUAUACUGCUUUCUACCACUGUAGUAUCUGAGAGCCUUUCGUGUAAAAUUGAUAGUACUAUUUAAGUCCUUACUUGCUUUCAUGGAGUCUCGGGUGCUUCUCCCCUUUCACGUUAAAAAUUCUGCUUGGGGAUGGGUUUUUGGGUUUAUUUGAUUUAAAUAUAUUAAUUUACAUUUUUGGUGUAGUGAAAAUCUCAGUCACGCUGUCAGUGUAGUGUAGGGGGCAACUUUCCAUGCUAUCUUGCUUCUUUUUUUUUAAUUCUCAUGACAUGUGAUCCUACGUGGAUCAUUGGCUCAUCUACCUAUUGCUCCAUCACAUGCACUAUAAAAUUUUGUUUCCCAGGGUUGCGUUCUGUUGGCCAGACCUGCAGUCCCAUGCCUCAGGAAGUACACACCCAUCUUCUGCCACAAAUAAGGCAGGGGUCCUACAGACAGCCUCCUUCACUACACGUCCCUGAUUCAUCCCCAGCACGGAUACAUUCUGUGCACUGAAUAAAGCAGGGAUCCUGUUAAGGGGAAAAGUAGUAUGUGAUCCUGUCACUAAAGACCAGGUCAUAAAGCAUAUGGGCAAGGUUGCUGAAUUAAGGUGGCAACCUUAAUUCUGUCAUUUCCUAACUUUUGAUUGCUUGACUUUGCAGUCUUCAGAAUGUUCUAGGAAACUACAUACACACAACUACACCCAAAGUUAAUAUUAUGUGGACCAGUCACUAAAGAGGAAAUGGGAGAGACAUUGGCAAUGAAUUUCACAGCUAUUUGAUGACAGCAGAGACUGUAGAGACUCAGAACUACUGAGUUCAAUUCCAGGUUCUGUAGGAGAAUCUUCUCAAGUGGUUCUGUACCCUUCUUCCUCUGCUUUUCCUGACCCCUUUUGCUCCACUUUCUCUGUUCCAGUCCUGACUCUUGCACCCCACCAUUUAGCUCCUUGUCCCAGUCUCCAUAUCCGAAUCUUUCCCCUCCUGUUUUCCUCUUUCUCCUCCUCCCCAGGUUCCCUGUCCCAGUUUACUCCAUCUGUUCCACACUUCACUGUGAGAAAGACCUUCAGGUGGCAUAAAGCUGGGAUAGCUCAUGCCAUGCCACCCUCACCUCCAGCAGCCAGACAGCUGUGGAAAAAACAUUAACUAAUCCUUCUAACACUCUUGUGAGGCUAGGUAUUACCCCUUUUUAAAGGUAGAGAAACUGAGGCAGGGAGAGGUAGAUGCUCUGUGAUCCCCAGACAAAUUUAUCCUUUGCAGCAGCACAUACUACUUAAAUAAAGAGCGCACUAUCACGCUCACACUUUUCAGACUGCUUUAGAUUGUGUAGUCUGAUCUCCCUCUGCAGCAGUUGCUGUGUCUGUGAGGGCAGCCUAGAAGUAUCUUUCACAUAGGUUAUGGACUCGACAGCUGUGACCUAUAAAUCACUUAAUUAUAGAUUUUUUUUUCUUGGACUCAUGUAAUCUCAGUUUUAUUUUUUGUUUACAACCACAGCUUAAAACAUGAAGGGUUUCUUCCUGUUCCCUUAUAAUUUUGAAGGAAGUGCUGCGGUUUUUGGAUUUCUUUUGUCAGAAAAAGUUUCAGUUUAAAGUUGUGGAUUUAAGUCCAGAAAUUUGGCCCCUGAAGUCCAGUGGGACUUCAUUCAGGGCACGCUUGGAGACUUACCUUGAAUCUAAGACCCGGUUUACACACAGCUGCAUGAGUUACAUUAAAUGAGUGUUUAAAUUGUAGAUGAACACAUGCAUUGGUGCUGUUGGUCAGUGAAAUUAACUGUGCUUUAGGCCAGGUGAGCUUUGGUAAACCUGACUAUUGUGUUUGAUCUACUAUAGUUAAUAGGUUUGAGAAUACAACCUGUUUGCUGUGGUGUCCACAUAAACAUCUGUUUAAUCAGUGUACUGUUGAUUAUAAAUGUUGAUCUUUGUAUUUUAUACCUGUAAUGCAUGUGGACUGGGUAUAUGUCCUUUAUUUAAAGAGCAAAUUUAUACUUGCCGUUAUGGUAAGGAAUAGCUUAUAACUAUGAACACAUUUUAAACAUGUUUCUUCCCCUUUGGCAGUGUCUACAUUGUUUUUUCUCUGAUAUUUGCAUAUCAGCUAGCUUGAAGUGUACACAAAAAUGUGGUUAGAAUUUACAAUAUAGACUUUCACAAAACCUCUUAGUAAUUGCGUGUGUGUGCUGGGAGGGGAAGAAGCUGAAGGAAAAAAAAUGUGUAAAUAGUCCUUUUCGGAUCUUGAAAUAAAAGAAAUCUCUCUUCUGGAUAGUUUAACGGUUGUGCAAACAGUAAAGAGUCUAUUUUUUUUAAAUGAAAGCACCCAGAACAUCUGAUGGAAGAGCUUGGGAUUUGUAAUGAUGUGACCUCCAUCAUCUUAAUCAUUCCAGAAAUGAUAUAUUAAAAGGCCUGUUGUCUCCAUUUGGCAGACAUUUCAGUGCUAAAUCAGUUUCUUAACGAUCUUCCCAAAAUGCAAAUUCUGGAAGUAUGCUUCUGAUGAACGCUUUGAUGUGUUAGAGCUUGUAGGUAAGUGCUGCAGGCUGCUCAGUUCUAAUGCCAAAUGGCAUUUUGAAUAAUGUUAUUUAUGAGCUUUUGAAUAGCAGUUGUUCUCUGAUGACUUGCAGUGUCUGACAUUUCUCUGGUUUAACUAAGUAACAUUAUAUAGAGCUUUGCUUAGUCAGUGUUGUGCUGAUACAAAAUAGAGAUGGGCCUGAACCAAAAGCCUGGAUACAGACACCUCUUUUGUCAGAAUAAUCCAGAUCUGAAUUUUGCAAAUAACUCCAAUCGUGAUAACAGACCAAGCUAAAGCUCCAGAGCUGAACCCCUGAACAUUAUUAUGACCACUGUCUGCUAUUCUUCUUUCAGCUAAUGCAGUCCAAAGAUAGAAGGCCUUCGAGCAGUGUUGGUCAUUUACUAGCCCACAGACUGAAGGCCUUCCGUUUGACUGGCUGAGUGUCAGCUGUUCUGUCCUGCCCUGCUCCAUGCAGGGGGCCCUGCUACUUGGCUUCAGCUCCACCCUGGGCUCCCCUGCUGGUCCUGGCUGCAGUGUCCCCAUGCUGACCUGCCUUUGAAUAUCGUCCCUCCCCUGCCCCCAGGCCGCCCUGUGCCAGUUCAGAGUAUGAAUUGCAUCUGGGGAGGGAAAGGGCCUGCUUGGUAGGGCCUGGAACUAUGUGGAGAUUUGGACAUUGCCUCAUGAGCAGCUCCCCUGCCAGGCAAGCCCCUUUUGCUCGUGACUGCAUUGCGUCCUCCGAGCCAACAUGUGCUGGCCUGGGCAUGGAGGGAUGCAAAGAAGUUGAAACUGGGACCAGGAGCAGAGUACAGGGGCUAGAGCAGCUGGGAGCCCAGGCCACAGCCAGAGCUGAGUAGCAGGACCACCCUUCAUCAGAGCUGUUAGGAGCUUGGGGUGGAGCUAGAGCUGAGUAGCAGGGCUGUCCUUGGCUAGAUAGGGAGCCAGGUAGCAAGAGUCCCCUUACAGAAGAGUCCUGAGCUGGAUGUAGACUAAGGGAAGUGGGGAUAGACAGGCUCUAGGGAAGUUGCCCCCUCUUCCCCUGGGCUUCUCCCAGCUCCCUCAGCACAGGCAGUAAUAAGGAGGCUUUUUUCUUCUGCAGCUACUCCCCCUUCCUCUUGCCACCAUUGGACUGAAAAUCCUGAUUACCCGAAUGAGCAUGGGGCCAGGGCGGCUCUAG